AUGUCCUCUUCCUCCUCAGUCAUGUCUCGCCGCAGUCUCCGUAUCGACCAUAGCUUGUUGGACCGGAGCCUUCCUCAGGGCAGUGCCUCCUUCAGUGUCGGAGGAGGAGAACCAAGAGGAGCAGGAGGCUGGAAAAACAGGUCUGGGUGGAGUCGGCGUCUCUCCUCCUCUUGCUCAGAGUCCCUCCUGGCCCAGUCUCCCCUCAGACCGGAGACCAGACCGGAGACCAGACCUGAGACCUGGGCCCUGACCUCCUCGGCCCUGAGCAGUAGUCUUCUCUCCUCUGCUCCCUCUGACGCCUCUCUGCUCUCCUCGCUGCUCGAUGAGUCCAGUAUCCAGGAGUCCACCGCUCUGCAUGGAUUCUGGGGUUUGGACUGUGACGAUCCUAAAGAGAGCACCCUGAUGUGUGACAGCACCAUCCUCCCAGACUGCUCUGUGAUUGGUCCAGACACUUCCUGCUUGAAGCCACGCCACGCUCUGAUUGGUCCAGAGCAGUCCUGCAGUAGACUCAGUGAAGCUUUAUGUGAGUCUGAAGUCACAAGUACCAUCCCCUCCUCGACCUCUGAGAGACCGGGGAUCAGGCCGGGGACCAGGCCAGAGACCAGAGGAAGGACUGGACCAGAGACCAAACCGGAGCAGAAAGAUGAGGCGAGGCCAGAGAGCAGAACUGAAACCACGAGUCCAGAGGAGACCAUCUACUGCAGGAGGCACAGGUCCAGAGGUGUCAAGCUGUCCCUCAGCUGGUGGCUCUCUUGUUUCUUUUCUGUUCUGAAGCAGACCAUAAACAAACUUCAGCUCAAAGGACUUGGCACUGUGAUGAAGUCUGGAGGGAAGAGAGACCUGUGUGCAGACUGCAGAGUCUCUCAUUCCUCUGUGUCUCUGCUGCUUAGUAUCCUGUCAGCACUAUGGAGCACCACACUGACCACAGUCUGCGGCCUGUAUGACAUCUCUGCAGCAGUGGGCGUGGCUCUGGCUCCUCCCCUCAGGCGUGUAACCGUGGCGAUUGGACGACUUACAGGUUCUAACGCCCUCGUGUGGCUCCUCCUCCUGUCCCUGUGCUUUCGAGGCUUCUGCCGAGUGUGUGGAGUGAGCUCAGAGUGUGUGAGAGCGGGGGCAGGGUGCGGGGGGGGGAACACCAGUUUCUGUCCCACAACAAACCAGUAUCCAGUGCAGAGUGGAGGAACAGUGUGGAGGUGGGUGAGGAAGAGGUGGGCCCAGCGCUCUGACCAAAACAGGCUCCCUCUGGCUGUGGUCCUGUGUCUCCUGGUGCUGCUGGUCCUCGUUCUGCUGUGGUUUGGAUCCACUACACCUGACCCAAGAUCGGACCCAGGAUCGGACCCAGGAUCGGACCCAGGAUCGGACCCAGGAUCGGACCCAGGAUCGGACCCAGGAUCGGACCCAGGAUCGGACCCAGGAUCGGACCCAGGAUCGGACCCAGGAUCGGACCCAGGAUCUAUUAAAUCAGAGACUGCAGUUGAAAUUCACCAAGACUCAAAACUGGAGCCUGAGGAGUCUAUGGAAGUGGAGGUCUCGGACUCAUCUCGUCUUGAGUGUUUGGAGCAGAGAGUGUCUUUGCUCUGGAAACAGAUGGAGAUCCAAGGUCAGGACUUGGACAUGGACCAGGGCUCAAUCCUGGACCAGGUCUGGACCAACCAACAGCAGAGGGAAGAUUCAGAACAGAGUCGCUCUGAUCAACUGGAACAUCUACACAGAGACCUGAGGCAGCUUACCCUCCGGACCCAGGAGCUGGAGCAAAUCGUGGGACUUGCCUCUGCCAUAGAUCCACUCGGGCCUUCAGUACAGCUGUCUCACCUCCAGGGGGCGCUAAGCUCGCUCACACAGCAGGUCCAGGUCUCAGUCCAGGAGCAGAUCCGUUCCCUGGUCCAGGAGCAGGUCCGUUCCCUGGUCCAGGAGCAGGUCCGGUCCCUGGUGCAGGAGCAGAUCCAGGAGCAGGUCCGGUCCCUGGUGCAGGAGCAGAUCCAGGAGCAGGUCCGGCCCAUGGUCCAGGAGCAAGUUCGGUCCCUGGAUCCUGGUCUGGACCUGAAGGGGGCGCUGUCUGCAUUGGAGCUCAGAGUCCUGCAGCUCACACAGAGGCCUCCAGGGGGCGCUACACACCAGGAGGUCCAGAGCAUGAUCCGUGGAGCUCUUAAUCUCUUCUCUGCGGACAGGACCGGACUGGCCGACUUUGCUCUGGAGUCUGGAGGGGGUAGUAUUGUGAGUUCCCGUUGUUCACAGACCUUUGAGACCAAAGCUGCUCUGCUCAGUCUGUUUGGAAUCCCAUUGUGGUUCUACCGGCAGUCCCCCCGCGCCGCCAUCCAGGCUGACGUCCAUCCUGGUAGCUGCUGGCCGUUCGCUGGUUCCUCAGGUGUGCUGAUGGUGCGGCUCUCUGCCUCGGUGCUGCCCUCUGCCUUCAGCCUGGAGCAUUUGCCCAAGACUCUGUCUCCAACUGGGACUGUGCAGAGUGCGGCCCGGGACUUCAGCGUCUAUGGCCUCAGACAUGAGCAGGAGGAACCAGGGAGGCUCCUGGGAACAUAUGUGUACGAGGAAAAUGGAGACGCUCUGCAGACCUUCAGCUGCUCUGAGAACACUGAGGUCUUUCAGUUCAUUCUCCUCAGAGUUUUGUCAAACUGGGGUCAGAAAGAGUUCACCUGCAUCUACCGCUUCAGAGUCCACGGGACACCUGUGACUAGGACCGAGGCCGAGCCUGGAGCUGAGGCCGAGCCUGGAGCUGAGGCCGAGCCUGGAGCUGAGGCCGAGCCUGGAGCUGAGGCCGAGCCUGGAGCUGAGGCCGAGCCUGGAGCUGAGGCCGAGCCUGGAGCUGAGGCCGAGCCUGGAGCCGAGGCCGAGGCCGAGCCUGGAGCCGAGGCCGAGGCCGAGCCUGGAGCCGAGGCCGAGGCCGAGCCUGGAGCCGAGGCCGAGGCCGAGCCUGGAGCCGAGACCGAGGCCGAGCCUGGAGCCGAGACCGAGGCCGAGCCUGGAGCCGAGACCGAGGCCGAGACCGGGGCCGAGGCCGAUACCGAGACCGAGGCCGAGAUCGGAGCCGAAGCCGAGGCCGAGACCGGAGCCGAAACCGAGACCGGAGCCGAGGCCGAGACCGAGACCGGGGCCGAGACCGAGACCGAGGCCGAGACCGAGGCCGAGACCGAGGCCGAGACCGAGGCCGGAGCUGAGGCCGGGGACGAGACCGGAGCUGAGGCCGGGGACGAGGCAAGACUAGAGACCGGUUCAGUCUCAGCUUCAGAGACUGUAGGAGUACUAAAUGUGAGCGGAUGUGGACUUUCACGUCAUAUCCGCCGGUGCUUCGUUUGCUUCCGGGUCUCCACACGUGAGAAGAAAACACUGAAAGAUGACGUCCCUCCAGCUGCAACUGCAGAGACUCGCCCUUCCACAGACUGA